AUGGAACACUUACUCGUUCAAUGUGCCAACGCCAUAGAAACCAACAAUGCAACACAAGCACAACAAAUCCUUUGGGUCCUUAACAACACAACUCCCCAAGAAGGUGACUCCAAUCAACGCUUAGCCGCAAGCUUCAUUCGAGCUCUAACCACACGAAUUCUCACCAAAACCGGUAGUUGCAAAAUGCUAGAACAAGAAGAUAACAAUCUUAACGAUAAUAGCAACCUGGCCAUACAAACACACAAUUUCUCUGUUAUUGAACUAGCCAGCUUCGUCGAUUUAACGCCGUGGCAUCGUUUCGGUUACACAGCAGCAAACUCCGCGAUUCUAGAAGCCACCAAAGGUUUUUCUGUUAUUCACAUUGUUGAUUUGAGUUUAACACAUUGCAUGCAGAUUCCUACACUAAUCGACGCUAUUGCUACUCGCGACGAUGUUCCUCCUUCAAUCAAGCUCACAGUUGCAGUUCGAAAUAGUAAUGUUCAUAUUCCAAUCCCACCUUUGCUUGAUCUUUCUUACGACGAAUUAGGUUCGAAACUCGUUAGUUUUGCUAAAUCAAGAAACGUGAAUAUGGAAUUCAAAGCAGUUUCUUCAACUUAUGCAGAUGGAUUCGCUUCUUUGAUCGAACACCUACGAGUACAAGUCCAAGAUUUAGCUUAUAACAUAACUCACGAAGCAUUGGUAAUAAACUGUCACAUGAUGCUUCAUUAUAUUCCAGAAGAAACUCUAUAUAUGAAUAUGAAUACUAAAUCUUCUUCGCUCCGGUCGAUGUUUCUAGAAGCUCUGCGAGAUUUAGAACCGACAAUUGUAGUUUUGGUAGACGAAGAUGCUGAUUUAACCUCGAGUGAUUUAGUGACUAGACUAAGGUCUGCAUUUAACUAUCUUUGGAUCCCUUUCGACACGGUGGACACGUUUCUACCGCGAGGGAGUAAAGAAAGGCAUUGGUAUGAAUCAGAUGUUUGUUGGAUGAUUGAGAAUGUGAUAGCAUACGAAGGGAUUCAAAGAGUUGAGAGAGUUGAGGGUAAAACCAAGUGGGAGCAAAGAAUGAGAAAUGCGCAUUUUCAAGGGGUUUGUUUCAGUGAAGAUUUAACUAUCGAGGUUAAGGGGAUGCUUGAUGAACAUGCAGUGGGAUGGGGAUUCAAGAAAGAAGAUGAGUUUCUUUUGCUUACUUGGAAAGGACAUAAUGUUAUCUUUGCUUCUGCUUGGUUACCUUCUUGA